AUGCCGAGGCUGUGCCCUGGUCGUGGGCGCGAGAAGCGAUUUCCGGCCCAUCGGGAGCCAGAGAGGCGGAGGAGGCUGGCCGUGGACGCGGUGGCACUGCUGCCUCUUGGCGCUGCCCGCAUGGCUGCCAAGGAUGGGGGCAAACACAAGAAGGCGGAGGCCAGCCAGGGUGGGGGUCCAGAGAAGCCUCCCCCGGGGGAGGCCGUCAGGGCCAAGUCGGAGGGAGGGAUCUCGAGAGAGCAGAGCAUAAGGAGAAGCAAGAGAGAAAAGGGGCGCCGAGAGUCCCAGAAAGGCAGGCGUGGCGACCCCAGGGAGAAGGCUGGAGAGGAGGAGAAGCCCCCUCCCGGGGGCCACGAAGCGGACAAGAACGGGGGGCCCUCGGCCGAGGCCGAGGCCGGGCCCGGGGAAGGCUCCCAGGCUGGCCUCGCUCCGGGCCACCGAAGGCUGUCCCAUCGGCACCGGGGCGACCCUCACCACGACCCUGCCCACAAGGCUUACUGGCCGCUGCUCAACAGUGUCUUUGGCAAGGAUCGGGAACUGGGCCCCGAGGAGCUAGAUGAGCUGCUGGAGGCCUUCAAUGAGUUCGAUACGGACCGAGACGGCUACCUCGGCUACCGCGAGCUGGGGGCCUGCAUGCGCACGCUGGGCUACAUGCCCACCGAGAUGGAGCUCAUCGAGAUCUCGCAGCACGUCAAGAUGAGAAUGGGCGGCUGUGUGGACUUUGAAGAAUUCGUGGAGAUGAUGGGGCCAAAGCUCCGAGAGGAGACAGCACACAUGGUGGGCAUCCGGGAGCUUCGCAUCGCUUUCCGAGAGUUCGAUGCGGACAGGGAUGGCAGGAUCACGGUGGCCGAGCUUCGGGCUGCUGCCCCUUCCCUGCUUGGGGAGCCCCUGGUGGGGCCUGAGCUGGACGAGAUCCUUCGAGAGGUGGAUCUCAACGGAGAUGGACACGUGGACUUUGAUGAGUUCGUGAUGAUGCUCUCCGCCCCCUAA